AUGAGCUCGUUCGAGAGGUCAUCAGAGGGUGACGGAGAUCGACCGGGAACUGCUGCACGGUCUGGGCAACGCCGGUCGAUUUUCGCGUUUAUGGGGAAAUCGCUCGCUGAAGAGCUGGAACCGCACCGAGAAUGGCGGGCCGUCCGUUGGAGCGGCGGGGGCCAAAGAGCUCUGGAAAGAUAUGUGGAAUUCGGUGGCCGCUGCCCCUACGUGAAGCUCAGGGAGAUGACCAAAGGCUAUUACUUCUCGCACGUGAAAUUGCGUGACGGCUGUUCCUGGAAGGAACUGGAGCGGACUAUCGUUUACCAUCCAUACCUGUACACCGCCUACCCGGGACCCCAGAUAAGCCAAGCUCACUUUCACCAUCCACAAGGACCGGCACAAGUCGAACCGAACCCGGAAGAAAAUGAUCCGACUUUUGAUCAGGAAUUCUCGGAACAAUUC